CGAGACGAGACGAGGUGAAAAUUGUUUCCAAGUUUCAAGUAUCUAACUCCAACUUGUCUCCCAUAUGCAUUAGCACGCUCGUGACGGCUCGCUCGGUGAUCAAGCACUCAUCCCCCGUUCUCUUUUUAGACGACGAAAAACGAAUUUCCGAAGGCUCAUACCCUUCGGACAUUUAUCACACGAUCGUAGGCUGGGGUUGCCAUUUGCCCCCGGGAAUGGAAACCCAGUUGAUACUCGAGGAGCUGCUUCACGUAGAGGUUGAGAUUCAAGACGUCCAAGACCAUAUAAACAGGUUACUUGAGCGGCAAGAGAAGCUGUAUGAAAGACAGACUGAAUUGAAAGCCUUGUUGGAAGCAUGUGAAGGAUCAGGAGAUCCUGUUGCAGAUGGUGCUUCAGCUACUGUUGAAAACUGGUCUGGAGCAUUUGAGUGGGAUUCUAAAGCUGAUGAUGUUAGGUUCAAUGUUUUUGGCAUACCCACGUAUCGUGAAAAUCAGAGGGAGAUCAUUAAUGCAAUCAUGAGUGGAAGAGAUGUUGUAGUGAUUAUGGCUGCAGGCGGUGGCAAAAGCCUGUGUUACCAGCUUCCAGCUGUUCUUCAUGAUGGAGUUGCUCUUGUUGUCAGUCCUUUACUUUCUUUAAUUCAGGACCAGGUAAUGGGUUUGACUGCUUUAGGCAUUCCAGCGUAUAUGUUGACAUCAACUACUAGUAAGGAAGAUGAGAAGUUCAUAUACAGGGCUCUUGAAAAAGGUGAAGAAAAUCUCAAAAUAUUGUAUGUCACACCAGAAAAGAUAUCAAAGAGCAAGAGAUUUAUGUCAAAACUUGAGAAGUGCCAUCAUGCCGGUCGUCUCUCUCUAAUCUCAAUUGAUGAGGCACAUUGUUGUAGUCAGUGGGGUCAUGACUUUCGACCCGACUACAAGAAUCUUGGUAUCCUCAAGACUCAGUUUCCUAAUGUUCCUGUGGUUGCUUUGACUGCAACUGCAACACAGAAGGUCCAAACUGAUCUGAUGGAGAUGCUGCACAUCUCAAGAUGUGUUAAAUUUGUCAGCACAGUCAACAGGCCAAAUCUCUUUUAUAUGGUGCGAGAGAAGUCAUCAGUUAGUAAGGUGGUUAUCGAUGAAAUUGCUGAAUUCAUUCAAGAAUCUUAUCCAAAUAAUGAAUCUGGGAUAGUUUAUUGCUUUACUAGAAAGGAAUGUGAACAGGUGGCAAAGGAGUUGCGAGAGAGAGGAAUUUCAGCUGACUAUUAUCACGCAGAUAUGGAUGUAAAUGCUCGUGAACGAGUACAUAUGCGGUGGAGCAACAACAAAUUGCAAGUUAUUGUUGGUACGGUAGCAUUUGGUAUGGGAAUCAACAAACCAGAUGUCAGGUUUGUCAUCCAUCACAGCUUGAGUAAAUCAAUGGAGACAUACUACCAGGAAAGUGGUCGAGCUGGACGAGAUGGUCUACCUUCUGAAUGCCUGCUCUACUUCAGACCAGCUGAUGUUUCUAGGCAGAGUUCCAUGGUCUUCUAUGAGAACUCCGGUUUGCAGAAUCUCUAUGACAUAGUACGAUAUUGUCAGUCUAAAAGACAGUGCCGCCGGAGUGCCUUUUUUCGGCAUUUUUCUGAGCCAUUACAGGAUUGCAAUGGGAUGUGCGACAAUUGUGCAUUCUCAAGUGAAGUUAAGGAAGUGGACGUCACUCGCCAUGCACAACUUAUGGUUUCUUUGCUACAAGAUAUGCAAGAGAAUGAUCAGAGAUUGACAAUGUUGCAAUUAGUAGACAAAAUGAAAGUAAAGCACAAGGAACUAGGUUCUGAAUUGAAGAGAGAGGAAAGCGAACAACUUGUCAUACAGCUUAUAGUGCAUCGUAUAUUGAAAGAAGAAUUUCAGCAUACAGCUUAUGCCACAAAUGCUUACGUAACAGUCGGGUCAUUUGCCAACCAAGUAUUACAGGGGAGGAAAAGUGUGCAUCUUGAAAUUUCUAGGAGAGAGAAGAAUAUGGCUGGUCUGAAAUCAGCCAAACGCAGGCCGUCAUCUUCUAUUUUGGAGUUUAAGCUUGAUGAGCUGCGAAAAGAAUUGUCUUCAAUCCAGGGGGGAAUAUUCCCCCAUUCUAUCUUGUCUACUCAACAAAUCGGCAUGAUAAGUUCCCAGAAGCCAAAUUCAAUGAAACAGUUGGAGAAAAUCAUCGGAAAAUUGAAGACGGAGAAGUAUGGAAGUAGAAUUCUUGAUCAAGUUGAGAAGUACUCCAAUUCUGAGCAGACUAAUGAGGUAAAGGAGGAGCAGGGAAGUCAAAAUAGAGCUAACAAACGGCUGAAAACGAAAAAGGCUCUUGUUCUUAUUGAAAGCAGCGAUGAUGAAGCGUGAGUGGAUCCGUAAAUCUAAGGGGAUUUUUGUCAUUUGCCUCGUUCCUUCACCCAGCAUUCUGGAGAGAGACGGCUGUUUACACAACUGUAUGUUUACAACUUAUAUUCUUGUAACUUUCUUGAAUAUUUAGUUGAAAAAAAAACAUUAUUAUUUA